UAUAAGAAUAUUAGGAAGCCGCCCGUGCCGCCUGCUGAAGCCAGCGCUUCUGUGUGGUGCUCUUGCCGUGCCCGGCGUGGCCAGCACCAUGUGCGCCUCCCGUGACGACUGGCGCUGUGCUCAGUCAAUGCACGAGUUCUCAGCCAAGGACAUCGACGGGCGCAUGGUUAACCUGGACAAGUACCGGGGCUUCGUGUGCAUCGUCACCACCGUGGCCUCACAAUGAGGCAAAACAGACGUAAACUACACUCAGCUUGUCGACCUGCACGCCCGAUAUGCUGAGUGUGGUUUACGGAUCCUGGCUUUCCCUUGCAACCAGUUUGGGAGGCAGGAGCCAGGGACUAAUGCCGAGAUCAAAGAGUUCGCUGCCAGCUAUAAUGUCAAAUUCGAUAGGAAUAGCAAGAUCUGUGUGAACGGAGAUGAUGCCCACCCUCUGUGGAAGUGGAUGAAAGCCCAGCCCAAGGGGAGGGGCAUCCUGGGAAAUGCCAUCAAAUGGAACUUCACCAAGUUCCUCAUUGACAAGAAUGGUUGUGUGGUGAAAAGGUAUGGUCCCAUGGAAGAGCCCCAGGUCAUAGAGAAGGACCUGCCCUGCUACCCUUAGCUCCACAAGUGUGCACCCCCACAUCUGAGCCCACUGCCUGCGCCCCUCGGAGCCUUCCACCCGGCACUCAUGACAGUCUUUCUAAAAACCAGCCUGCUGGUGGGGCAGACCCGAGAACCCGGCGUGCACUUCUGCCGGAGGAAGGCCCCUCGGCCGGCCUGGCUCGCAGCUCUGCACCCCGACCCCGGCUGCCUUGUGGGAAUAAAACUUACAAAUUGGAAAAAAAAAA